CAGUGAAUCAAUUGCGGAUUGUAAAAGGGAAUUUUAUAAACAAAACGCAUAAUUUUCUUUAAAAUAAUCGAACACUCGAAUAGCGUAGUAAACAUGCCGGAGAUCCUGAAUGCCAUGGAAAUGGAGGCGCCUUCGGAAAUUGUGGAAAUCUCUUCUGGGGAGCUAACAGUCAACGUCAUUACCAUCAUCAACAGCAACGCGAAUAAUAAUAAUAAUAAUAAUAAUAAUAAUAAUAACACUAAUAAUAGUAACAAUAAUAAUAACAACAAUAAUAGCAAUAGUAUCUCAAACAACAAUCACCACAACGGCACCACCGAACCGGAAACGGAAGUUGAGGAACCAGGCGAGCCGCAACAACUGCAGGUGCAGCAACUGCAACAACUGCAGCCGGUGCCGAAUUUCGUGACCAUUCCCCUGCUGGAACGACGCCGUCGCAGUCGCAGUCACAGUCGCAGUCACUGCCGCAUAGCCCCAUUGGCACCGAUCAUUUGCCUGCAGAACGGAUCGCAUCCCGAGGAUCUUGCCCAUCUCUCACGCUCCAGGUCCUGCUUCCUGCGCGUCCGAAAGACCGUCACCAAACUUUUUGCCAAAAUCAUGGGUAGCAAUAAUCCCAGCGAAGCGGAUCGAUACGACUAUUAUGACUACUCCGAGCUCGAGGAGUUCGAGACGCCGGCUCGGUACAGGCCCGACUCGCUAAGCGCGCUGAGCAGAGCCACACGGUUCACGGAGGACGAGAUCAAACGAAUUUACAGGGGAUUCAAGGCCGAGUGCCCCACAGGAGUCGUCAAGGAGGACACCUUCAAAGUGAUCUACUCGCAGUUCUUUCCACAGGGAGCCAAUCCAACCCUUUAUGCGCACUAUGUCUUUAAUACACUGGAUCAGGAUCACAGUGGCAUAGUCAGCUUUGAGGAUUUCGUUCAAGGACUUUCGAUACUGUCACGCGGCUCCGUGGAGGAGAAACUGCGCUGGACCUUUUCGCUCUACGACAUCAACGGCGACGGCUUCAUUACGAGGGAGGAAAUGACUGACAUUGUGACUGCCAUAUACGAGCUAAUGGGCCGGCUGCCCGACGAGUGUCCCGAGGAGGAGAAGAUCAAGGGCAAGGUGGAGCACAUCUUCCAGAAAAUGGACAUCAAUCGCGACGGUGUCGUGACCCUAGAAGAGUUCCUGGAGGCCUGUCGCAACGACGAUGCCAUCUCGCGAUCGAUGUCCGUAUUUGACACAGCGUUCUGACCAUAUCCGACCGACAAGGGCGACGAAUACACGGUCCGCCGGCGGCGACGCAGUCGCAGUCAGCAGCAACACCAGCAUCAGCAUCAGCAGCAGCAACAUCUGCAACACCAACAGGAUACAGAGAAAAGUAAGUCCAAGCACAAGACGAAGAACAAGCAACAGCAAAAACAGCAGCAACCACAUAGCACUAGACAGCAAAAGUGUUGUCACAUAAUCGACAUGGAUGGCGGUGAUAGCUCCACCACCACAACCACCACAUCGGCGGCCACGAGCACCACACUCAACUGCAAUGUCCUGAAUGGGAAACCGCUGCCCGAGGAGGCGGACGAGUAUGAUGAGGAGGAGGACGACGAGGACGACGACGAGGAGGAGGAGGAUGAGGAUAAGGACAACUACAGGCACUUUGUUUGCCGGCACUGCCAGAGGUCGCAGUCAGCGGGCCGCCGAUCUCACAGCAAAACCAAGACGCACUCCCAGUCCCAGUCGCAGUUGAAGUCGCGCAAGCGCAGCAAGAGCAAGAAGCGCCACCAGGCAAAGGCCGGAGCCGCUCAGACGGUGCAGGCAAGGUGGCCGGAACUGAACGUGGCCAACGAACAGGCCAUCCGCUUCCGGUGCCCGCAGGUGGGGCCGCAGGUGGGUCGCGACCUUCACACGCCGCAGCCUCUGCACUUUCAUCAUCCGCAGUCGCAGGGCCGCCUAAAGAGUAGAUCCCGCCACCAGCGACGGAUGGCCAAGAAUGCCCCAGCACCGCCACCGCCACCUAAUCCUCACCAGAAUCCGAAUCCAAACCGGAACCCGAACCCGCACCCGCCCCAGUCUGUGACAACAGCAACGCCAGCACCCUCCGAACUAGCUCCUCUUCCGCCGCUCGUGAUUGUGGCCGAGGGCGAGGGCCAGGGCCAGGGAGAGGCUGAGCUGGUUGUCGAUGUCCAUCCGCUGCAUCUUCAGCCAGCGACCACUCCCGAUUCCCCUUCGCUGGUCACCGUGAGCACCUGGUACACGGUGGCCAAGCAGGGUGUCUCCUGCUAAUCGCGGCGAGCAGUGAGUAUCCUUGCCACCAGGCAUCCAGGCAUCCAGACAUCCAGCAACCCAAAAACAAAUCCAACAAAAAGAAAUUGCAAUACCGAAUCGGUGUGCGGACUUGUUGUUGUUGUUCCAGAUUUAAAUAUAUGUA